AUGUGGGAACCAAAAUCUGCUGAGAAGAAAACCCCAAUAUAUUCUCGCCAUUUCCACUUCCCUGCUAUUGCUGGCUCUGAGGGAGCCCCCAUCAAGAAGAAGCGCCCCCCUGUGAAGGAGGAGGACCUGAAGGGGGCCCGAGGGAACCUGACCAAGAACCAGGCGAUCAAGUCCAAGACCUACCAGGUCAUGCAGGAAUGUGAGCAAGCCGGCGUUGCCGCACCGUCUGUAUUCAGCCGCACCCGGACCGGCACUGAGACCGUCUUUGAUAAACCGAAAGCUGAGCCUGCCAAGAGUGUCUUUGGCUGA